UUGCAUCAUCCCAACCUGAUUGACAUCUGAGACCCUGUGAGUCAGGAUAAAAGAGGGUCUGCCCCUUCAGAUGUACCAGAAGAAACGCUAGCGAUCCCAUAAUAGCGAAAGCCGGUGGGAGGGCCACGUGCGUCCGUUUCCAUGUGCCCCAGAAUCGGUGGGCCUUUACCACAGAAGAACGGUUUUUAGCUAACAACAGGGAAAUCAACUCCCAACGACUCUCGAAGGAUUGACAUCAUAAAAGGAAUGGGUAAGUUUUAACCCGUCUUUCUCUCCAACCAAAAAGCUGCAGCUUGAAUGAACUAAAGUGACUUUUAUAUUUCCAUUGGACAAUACAUUAUCCCCUAGACAACGAUAGAGCUAUUCCUUAUUGAUUAUUAUUAUACCCACGCUUUUAGAUUUAGUAUUGAUGAUGUAUAUUAUCUGUAUGUUUGCAUUGAUAUUAUUUUUGUGUAUUUUUAUCAAUAAAUACUGUUAAAAAUAGUAACAUCAGACUUCAACAGACCUCUCUAUCUUUGCUGGUAAGUGACCCAGUUACGGGGUACGUAACAAUUGGGGUUCUCGUCUCAGGGUUUGACACCAAAUUGGGAGGCCAGUGAAUCGGGCUUGUAAGUCCAAACUUGGAUCUGGUUACGCGGGUAGCCAGACGGGAAACCAGCAAAGAUGGACGUGGGUGAAUUUAUAGAAAACCUGACUCUGGAGGAGCUAGAGGUGAAAUGGGAGCAGGAAAGAGCUGAGAAACAAAGAGAGCAUGAAAUUCAGUUAAAACAGCCGGAAGCAGCUGAGAAAGAGAAGGAGAAAGCCGAGAAGGAGAGAGAGUAUGAGGAGGCAGAGAAACAAAGGAAACAUGACUUGGAGAUGGAGAAGUUAAGGCAAGGACGAAGAGAUCAAGGGUCAGACCGAGAGCAGCGGUUUAAUGUUAGUCGGGAGUUGAGGUUAGUACCUCCGUUCGAGGAGACGUAUGUUGAUAUUUAUUUCUUGCUUUUUGAAAAGGUGGCAGUGAAUCAGAAGUGGCCCAGAGAUCAGUGGGUGGCGUUGUUACAAAGUGUGUUAAAAGGGAAGGCACAGUGGGCAUCUAUGGCGUUGUCCAUGGAGAAGGAAGAGGAGGAGAGUUAUGACAAAGUAAAGAUGGCCAUUCUCCGGAGUUAUGAACUAGUACCUGAAGCGUAUAGACAAAAGUUCAGAAAUUUAAAGAAAGGGUGGAAUCAGACGUAUACCGAGUUUGCCUAUGAGAAGGGUGUGCUCUUGGACCGUUGGUGCACAGCAGAGAUAGUGGAAGAGGAUUAUUGGCGUCUCAGGGAGUUAAUUCUGAUUGAGGAAUUUAAAGGUUGUGUUUCGGAGGAUAUCCGGAUGUAUUUGAAUGAGAAGCCGAAUAAGUCCAUCUCAGAAUUUGCUCGGUUCACAGAUGAAUGUGCCCUAACCCACAAGACAAAGUUUUCCUCGAAUAAAAGUUCCCAGAGAGACCGUGGGAACGAUCGAGAAAGCCCGCCGGCUGAGGCAGAGGUCCCGCCGGGAGCUAGUGGUAAGAUUGAGGGAGAAAGGCAAGAUGGCCAGAGAUUUCCAGGCUUGACCUGUUUUAAUUGUGGAAAGGGGGGGCAUAUUGCAUCUAGGUGCUUUGUUCCGAGGAAAGAGACAGGAAAAGGGAAAGCAGCAGUCCCUAUUGGAUGUGCCGUGGUAAUCAGCAAAUCGACAAGAGAGCCCCGGGUAGACAGAGUACGAGAAGGGUCUGAGACUUGUAUGUCAAACGGAACCGUGUCUGUGAGGGAGGGAGACACCCCAGUUCCAGUACGGAUCUGGAGAGGCACGGGGGCUGAACUACCAUUGAUCAGCAGUAAAGUACUAGAUUUUGGUCGCAAGACGGGAAUGGUAGCUGUGAAAGGAAUAGACAAAGGGACGGAAAUGGUGCCCUUGCAUAGGGUCAUUAUGAAUUGUGAGCCAGUCUCUGGGCCAGUUGAAAUGGGGGUGCGAUCAGAAUUCCCGAGAACUGAUGCGGACGACCUUCUGGGUAAUGAUUUAGCCGGUGGUAAGGUUUGGGCAGCAAUGACGCUGACAAAACAGCCUGUGAGUGUUGAGGCUCUGCCCCUAGAUUCCCAGAUCUAUCCUGCAUGUGCGAUCACUCGCAGCAUGUCGAAAAAGGCAGCUGAGACAGAGAGCAGUUUAAAUCAGGCCAGUAUCGAUUUGGCUGAGACAUUCUUACCAACCCUGUACCACGAGGGUUUAGAGGGUGGUAAAACGAAGAGUAGUAAAGUGAAAGAGAGUAAGGGAGAGGAGGUAGCCCUGCCCUUAGCGAGGAGAAAAGUUCUAGAGGCAGGAGAUAAAGAUGAGAAACAGACAGAGCUGUUAAAAGGUCCAGAGUUGGACAUGGAUGAUCUGUCUGGUUUGGCAGAACUGUUUGAAGAAGUUGAAAAUUCUAAAGGUGUUCCUGAUAAUGAAAUGAGGGCAGUCCUAGAUGAAAAGGGUGCCCUUACCUUGAAGAAGUCUGGACUUCCGGUAAGAUGGCGAUUGCUUAGCUGCUCCAAACUUUUGUUCCGUUACUGUCGCUAUCUUUGCACUAAAUGUCUCCAUUUUUUAAACCUUAGUUGGGAACUUUUUCAGUAUCUCUUACUUGCAUGUGAACACAUCUAACUUACAAUG